CGCCAGCCCCGCGCCGCGCCGCGCCGCGCCGGAGAGCGCAGCAGCAGCGGCGACGGCGGCGGGAAAGGGCUGCGGACCCGCGGCGCUCACUCGACGACGCGGCACCCGGGGCCUCGACGUCCCGCUCCCCGGAGCAGGUGCUUUAUUUGUCGGAAAGAGAUGCUCUGUAUUAUGGACCUGAGUAUUCCAGGUGCUGAAAUGUAAGAAGACAGCUUUAGAGUUGCAGAUGUCGACUGUGGCCUUCCUAAGCACAUUGAUAUUGUCAGUGCCAGCCAGCCAGCACAUGUGGCUGGUGGCUGUCAUAUUACUGGAAGGUGGAGGCAGCUAUGACACAAAUUUAAUGAAAAGGUCCUAUUACUACUGGAUUUGCAAGAUUUUUAAUACAAUUUUUUCUUUGAAUUAUGAUUUAAAUGUCAAAAACCUUUAAAAUUUUUUAAAAAGGGCAAUAUUUUAGUUUUGGAAGUCAGAAUGCCAAGGAAAAGGAAAAAUCUUGGGGGCAAUCCUUUUCGGAAGACUGCAAACUCUCAGGAAAUUGUCGUAUCCCGUGUUGCUAGUCACGAGGAGCCAACCACUACUCUUCCUGCCAAGUGUGAGACAAAAAUUGAUCAGGAAGAACUCUUCACCAGUAUCUCAGAGAUGUUUUCUGCUCUGGAUCCUGAUGUAGUGUAUUUGAUGCUUUCUGAAUGUGAUUUUAAAGUUGAAAAUGCCAUGGACUGUCUGUUAGAAUUAUCUGCAGCGGAUGCCAAGAUGGAAGACUCCCCUUUACCAACGGCUGCUUGGGAGGAUGAGCCCGGCGCCUCAGGAAGUGCGGUGAUGGAGAUGGAGAUGCGGCCCCCUGCAGAGGAGAGUGAAGACUCAAAACUGGAUUCCUUUUUGGAUAUGCAGCUAACUGAAGACUUGGAUUCCUUAAUACAGAAUGCUUUUGAGAAACUGAAUUCUUCUCCCGAUGACCAAGUAUAUUCAUUUUUGCCUUUGCAAGAUGCUAAGAGUUUUAAUGACCCUUCUACCUUUAUGAAUUCAGAUUCAAGUGGUAUGCCUUCUGUUCUUUCUGUACAGAAUACGGGGUCAAACAAUGAAGUUCUCCAGAAUCCUGCUGCUUCACUAGGUUCAAACCCACUAACUUCACCUUCGGUUUUGAAGGAGCCUGAAAGUUUUCCGCAGGGGAGCACGCCGGCAUUAGAAGGGAGCUUCCCCGAAGACUCUCCUCUCGCUAGCUCUUUAAAUCCAGCAAAUGGCUCUGUUGGGGGUUGUGGCAAUUUUAACCAAAGACCAAAAGGCCUUUUAGAACCGGAGUGUCCUAGUGCACAGCGUUCUCAAGCCCUCGUAGAUUUGGGUUCCAGUGAACCUCCGGUUCCUUCAAAUCUUCCUCUGCAAAGUCCAGGGCGUGACUUAGCAGGUGCAGAUGGGGAGCACAAGUCUGCCUCUGUGCCUGAUGUUUUUGUACCCUCUGAAGGAUUUGGUUUCAAGCCCCACAAACAUCCUGAACUGCCACCAAAGGGGAAGGACAUGAAUUACUGCCCAGUCCUCACCCCUCUCCCUUUGCUCCUCCCCCCUCCGCCGCCUCCACCUAUCUGGAACCCCAUGAUUCCUGCUUUUGACCUCUUUCAAGGCAACCAUGGCUUCGUGGCGCCUGUUGUGACCACAGCUGCACACUGGAGACCUGUCAACUACACGUUCCCACCCUCCAUCAUCUCCCACACUUCCCCCACGAAGGUGUGGAGGAACAACGAGGGAGCAAGUGCUUACCAAGUGCAGGAGGCCCCCGUGGCCCAGCCCGCCAGGAAGAAGACCACAGCCUACGUGGGCUUAGUGCUCGUGCUUCUCAGAGGGCUGCCGGGCUCGGGGAAGUCCUUUCUGGCAAGGACUUUGCAAGAAGAUAACCCAAGUGGAGUCAUUCUUAGUACUGAUGAUUAUUUUUAUAUAAAUGGACAGUACCAGUUUGAUGUAAAGUACUUAGGAGAAGCCCAUGAGUGGAACCAGAAUCGAGCAAAAGAAGCAUUUGAGAAGAAGGUAUCUCCAGUAAUCAUAGAUAAUACAAACCUCCAAGCAUGGGAAAUGAAGCCAUAUGUUGCUUUGUCUCAGAAGCAUAAAUAUAAGGUCCUUUUCCGGGAACCAGACACAUGGUGGAAGUUCAAACCAAAGGAACUUGCAAGACAAGAUCGAGGUUUUAGUAAACCUACUCUUACGUUUCCCUUAGAGAAUUCCGUUAAUGUUAGCCCAAGAGACAAUGAAGCUCUUACCUCUGAAAAGGAAGAAAAUGUCUUAUCCGCACCUGUGAAGCGCUUAGAGUUAAUGGAGGAGAAGACACUUGAAGCAGCCAAAGAAGCGAUAUUCCCUGAGAGUGCUGCCCCCGUCCCUCAGGCCAGUUUCAGCCGAGGAAGAAAGGAGAUGAGUGUUGUGGGUCAUGGUGGACACAGCCCCUUCUUGCAGGAAGCCCCAAGCACCUGUCUUCCUCACUCGGAAAGCAAAGUUCCGGCCACAGACAAGAGUGAGACAGAGCAAGAGACACCGAAAGCGCACGUUGAGGCAGAUGCUUGGAGCCCUGCGGAGGGGGCACCCCCAAGUGGUUACUGUGCUGAGGACAGUCCAGAAGCGGGUGAGCUCGCAAGUGCUGGGACCCUUCAGAGCGAGAACCCCCCACCUCCUGAAAUCCUGGAAGAAAGAACAGCAGGAAAGAAAAAGAUCAUUGGAAAACAAAAAAGCAAAUCAUCUUUGGAAAAGUUCCCAAAGCAUGAGCCAUCAAAUUUUGUUGGUGACUGGCCAGUUGAUAAGACAAUUAGCCAGAGGACCAAAAGGAACCGGAAAACCGAGAAAGGUUUAUCUGUACAAGGUGACAAAAAAUGUAAUCGCCCUCCAUCGCACAAAGUAUCAGAUGCUAGGGUAUCUAUGAAUACGGAUCACGUCCAGCAGCGAGGAUCUCCACAUGGCAUCGAAGAUCUUUCAGAAGUGCCCAGUAGCGGUCAGUACGAUGCUUACAAAGGUACUGAGCAAACCUCGUUCAGCAUUGUGGGUGACUGGCCCUCAUCUGCUUCUUUAGCUCAGAGAGAGCCCAGGUCGAGAAUGCCAAAAGCUGGCCUAAAUGAAGCCAACUUAGAGUUUGGAACUAAUGACAGCAUGAGUGAAAUACCCCUGUAUCCCACACAUGAGGCCUACUGGGGCACAAGCCCCGAAGAACUGAAGUCUCUGGGUUCCACUCUGCGAAGUUCUGAAAUGCUGCCUAGUAAAACAGCUCAUGAAGCGCAGACCUCCCUGAGUAAAACGGUUCCUAGCCAGCCCGCUCUGCCCCUCCCCUUUUCCGCUAGUGCGGUAGCUCCUCCGCCUGGGGUCGUGGCUCCGCCUGGGGUCGUGGGGCCUCGGUCUCUAGCAGUCGGAGUGUCUAGGGUUGUCUCUGGGAUAGAUACAAGCGUAUGUGCCCAGACUGAGCCCCAAGAUUUUGCUCUCUUGUGGAAACUAGAAAAGAAUAAAAUCAGUGUUUCAGAUUCUGUCAGAGUGCUAACAGGAAAAUUAGAUGGGUUUAAGCCAAAAGAUUUCACUACUAAUACAAAGUUAAAUGUUCAAGCAGCAAUUCCAUACCGAGUCAUGCAUGAUAAAAGUACGUAUGUUGAAGAAAGUGAACUCACCAAUGCUGACGAGUCUGAAAAUCUUAACAUCCUGUGUAAACUAUUUGGAUCAUUUUCCUUGGAAGCCCUGAAAGAUUUAUAUGAGAGAUGUAAUAAAGAUAUUAUUUGGGCCACAAGCCUUUUGUUGGAUUCUGAGACUAAAUUAUGUGAGGAUACCGAGGUUGAGAAUCCCCCCAAAUCGUAUGAUGAGUCACAAGUUGGGCCAUUUUCUAUGGGGUUGGAUUUGAAGGAAAUUAUUAGCCACAGAGGAACCUCAGAAGAUUUAAAUUUUGUGUCAGAAUUUAACCCUGGGAUUGGUAUCAGGAACACUAAUGCACAGUCCACUGGUGAGGCAGAAAAAGGAAACUCAAAGCAGGAAGAGAUAAGAGCUACAACUCCUGAAAACCCUGAAUUACUAAGCAGACUAUUUCCUAAUGCUGCUAUCAAUGUAAAGUGUAAUAAUGAAAUCGUUUCUAACCGUGGAACUGAUUUGUCAGGCGCCUAUAGCUUUAAGGGGUCUCUUCCACUUGCUCCAAAAUCUAACAUCCUCAAAGAUGUUAGUGAAGUGGAGAAGAAUCUAGUAGCCACAGAGACUGGAGGCAACGUUCAUUCUUUUUUAAACUUGUCUGAUAUCAUAAACUCUGCAACGAGCACUUCAGAUCCUGAAUUAAACGAAGAAGUUUAUCUUACUGGGUCUUUGGAAGUAAGGAAAAAUGAGACUCUUCCUAAGGAUUAUGUGAAAUUUGGAAAUGUGGAAGAAUUUAUCAGUGAAGAUAAACAGGAAAUGGAGAAGAUUCUAAUGCCAGGAACUGGUUUGUCAGCUGGAGUUAGUGAAGAGGAUAAAACCGAGGUAUUGAAUCCCACACCAGUAAUGGCCAAAUCUCUGACCAUAGACUGUCUGGAGCUGGCACUACCCCCUGAGCUGGCUUUCCAACUUAGUGAAUUAUUUGGCCCAGUUGGUAUUGAUUCAGGGUCUCUAACAGUUGAAGAUUGUGUGGUUCAUAUAGAUCUGAAUCUGGCUAAAGUGAUUCAUGAGAAAUGGAGAGACUCUGUAAUGGAGCGACAGAGACAGGCCGAGGUGUCUUGCGGCAAGUGCGGUCAAGAUCCUUUGAUGGCUGGGACUGCUGUUCUUGAUAAUUCUGAACAAAAAUCAUCUCAGAAAACAGGCAAAAAAUUAUUGAAGACUUUAGCAGUACCUGAGACACUGGAUCCAUGGAACACUCAAACAAAAAAAGUUUCACUGCGAGAAAUAAUGUCAGAAGAAAUCGCCUUACAAGAGAAACAUGAUUUGAAAAGGGAGACACUUAUAUUUGAAAAAGACUGUGCCACCAAACUAAAGGAGAAGCAGCUUUUUAAAAUAUUUCCAGCCAUUAACCAAAAUUUCCUGGUGGACAUCUUCAAAGACCACAACUAUUCACUGGAACACACAGUACAGUUUCUAAACUGUGUUCUUGAAGGAGACCCCGUGAAAACAGUGGUAGCUCAGGAAUGUGUUCACCAAAAUGAGAACAUCACUUCUCAUCCUGCACAGAAAUCGAAAGAGAAGAAGGCAAAGAAAUCGAGAGAGAGUGAUGAUCCCACAGGUGACGCGUCUUUCCAGGAUUUUGAGUACCCUGAGUAUGAUGACUACAGGGCAGAGGCGUUCCUGCACCAGCAGAAGAGGAUGGAGUGCUACAGCAAGGCCAAGGAGGCCUACCGCAUGGGCAAGAAGAACGUGGCCACCUUCUACGCUCAGCAGGGCAGUCUCCACGAGCAGAAGAUGAAAGAGGCCAAUCACCUGGCUGCUGUGGAGAUCUUCGAGAAAGUCAACGCCUCUCUGCUGCCGCAGAACGUCCUCGACCUCCAUGGGCUGCAUGUGGAUGAAGCUAUAGAGCAUUUGACGACUGUUUUACAGCAGAAAACGGAAGACUUUAAGCAGAGCGGCGGUAAGCCCUAUCUUUCCGUGAUUACGGGGAGAGGAAACCACAGCCAGGGAGGAGUUGCUCGCAUCAAGCCAGCUGUCAUUAAAUACCUCACCAGCCACAGCUUCAGGUUCUCUGAAAUUAAGCCAGGGUGCUUGAAGGUGAUGCUAAAGUGAAAUUUAGAAGCCCUUGACUUAGAGGCAUGAAGGUUUACAGACUGAAAUUGUUUUUUCUGCAGUAAUUCUGUCAAUUCUACUCUCAAAUGUGUUUUAUUAGGAAUAUAAAACAAGGAAAAUGUUUUUCAGAAUUCAAGGAAAGUUUUUUACUGGCUCAAAUGCCAGUCUAUUAUUUGUUAAAACAUUAAAAGGAAUUUUUAUUGAUUACAAAAUGUCUAAAAAAAAAAGUUAUCACUUGCAGAUUAAAAGUCUUAAGUGCUCUAGUUGGUUUUUAGGAAAAAAACCCAAAACAACAACAACAGAUCCACUGCCUUUGUAUUAACCCUUUCCCAUUUAGAAAAGUCUUGUAGCUGUCCGUGAGGGGCAGCAUGCUUUGAACCCUGCUUCCUGGCUCUGAAGGACUGUCCUCAAGUGGUGAAGGAGGAAGGUGAUCAGCAGAACACGGGUUCCUUGUGCUUUGGAAUUUUGAAGCCUGUCACAGAGUCACUUGGUGUUGCGUGAUGUGCAGAUAGAUGGGCAACUUUCCUGUGUCUCUGAUAUCAAUCCCUUCCGUCUGUGCUGUUCUGUGAUGUGCUUUUGUUGGGAGGAGAGUUGGUUCUUGAGACUGACUUACAGUCUCUUAGCUUCCAUAGAUAGGAAACCCUUCAGAGAAGGAGAAAUGGUCACAGGACUGCUUGUGGAACCGUCUCUGAGUGGCUCCAGACAGUGCUAAAGGCCUGUUUUAUACUUGAGACAUCAUUUCUAAGCUAUGUGAGUCAAAAAUCCUAUUGACUUAAGUGUGAAAACUGUUUUUGGUAUAACUGUAAAAGAAACUCUUGUAAUUAGAAAGAUUUUUUACCUUUAUUUUGAAAAGGAGCCAACUUUGUGAAAGAAAAGUCUCAUUGACUUCUGUUAGGCCAGUGUCCUGAUCGUAUGUAAAUCUGACUUCCUUUAUACAGACUUAGUUUGGUGAAGUGUAACUUUUCUAUAACGAGACUGUAGUUAAAAUACAUUUAACUUUGGAUAUACAGAGUAUUUUCAACAUAUACAGUGUUUGCAGACAAUUAUGUUGCUUUUUCUUUAGCUUACAAAAUCACCGUCAUCAAAAAUGAGGCGGCAUUGCCCUGCACUGAAAGGAUACUGACAGACAGAAUGAGCCCCUAGAGAGCAGACAAGCUAACGGGAACGAAACUCAAAACCACGUUCUUACAUCUUAGGAAUCAUGCUUUUCAAAUACGAGCCUUACCAUUGGAUUUUAUUGCCAUAAAAACAAAACAUCUAUAUGUUUCUUACCUACAAAUGGUUAGUGAUUACUGAUAUUCAAGUAGUUAUAUUUUUAGACUUGUAAUAAUUCGUUUUAAAAAUUGCAGUAGUGUCUCACACUGUUUUUGGUAUUGCUCAGAAGUGGUAUAUAUAUAUAUAUUAAAAUUAAAGCAGUUCCCUUGUACAGCUUAGUACAAAACCCACAAUCAGUAGUUAAUGAAGUAAGCUUAUUCCUGUUUUCAAGUUAGUAUGAUUUAAACAACGAGAAACAACACUAACCUGGCAUGACUGGAGUGUGUGCGGCUGCACACUCAUUUUCUGUGUUGUAUGUUUUCUCACCUUUUAAAAAUCACACUUGAGUACUUAGAUAGACUUCUUACAUUACUGUGAGUAUUAUUAAUAAGGGAACAAUGAAAAGAAGUCCAAUGUGGUGCUCCGUGCUUGGAGGGCAAGGGAAGGCAGCUGCUUUAUUGCUGUGCCCGGCCUGAUUCUGAACUCUGCUGGCGCUGCUGUGUGAUGGAGUGACCUAAUGGAGACCUUGAACCAAGUUGGCCACACACUCGCCAUCCUUCCGCCUUCCCCCCUAAAGUUGAGAUUAUAGGUGUGCUUAGCCAUGCUGGCUUCGUGUCCUUCGUUAUUAUCUAUACAUACACAAAGUUUGAACAUUAUAUAUAUAUAUAUAUUUAUAGUCCCCAAAUGCCUUCCCACCCUACUAUCUGGUAUUGUUUAAGCAGUUACAAUUAUGAAAGAAUAUUCUCUGAUCUUUCUUUUGCCAAUCUCUAAAUCUCAUGUCCCGGCCAGAGGUAGAGAUACUUUGGGGACUAUCAGGUAUUUUUCUUUUGCCCACUUCUAAAUUUUGUAUGUCAGAGGUAAAGAUGGUUUAGAAAUGAUCCAGGUUAGAAGAACUCUUUGUAAGCCUAGUAUUUUAAUGCAUUUUAAAAGUAUAGCAUUUCUUCCAAAAUACUGGAAGAUCUCGGUAGCAGUUACACACAUCUAAUAGUCUGUUACUGGUGUCAACCCAGGGAGAGGAGGGAACUGAUAGGAACACCACGGAGUGGCCGCAGGGCCAGGGCCCUCACGACCAUUUUCAGCCCGUUUCCUGCUUCUUCUGACAUUUAUUAGCUGUUCAUAUAUUGCUGUUAUUUUCGAGUUGAAGUUUUCUUCUGUUUAUUAGUAUUCCCACAAUACUUAUACUCCUGUUGUUUUUCAGUAUCAUCCACUUUAAAUGGUGGAAACGGGCUGAAAUGAUUUGUAUUCUAACAUAUAGGAGAAGAAAAGCUUCCCGUUCUUUUGGGUGGUUUCCUGACCUUUGUUUUGGUCUUUUUCUCUUUAAAUUCAGGUGUUCUGUUUGCUUUAGAAGGACAUAUGUAAUGACAAGGUUAGUUAUUUCUGAGCUGGCAAUUCAAAAAAUUGUUCUGACAAUGUUUUAACUGCUCUCAAGAAAACGUAUGAAACAGACAAAAAUAAUGUGUGCUGUUUUUUCCAAGUGCUUUUCUGUAGUGCAAUGAGAUGACAUUUGAUAAUGCUCUGUGCUGUGCUUAAAUGUUGCUUAUUUUUAAUUACUUGUAAAGAAAACAGAUUUAAAUGUCUGUGUGGCCAAAACCAAGUGCCAUUUAAAAGGAAAAGUAAGUCGAUGUAGAAUGUAUGUUACUGGUGCUCAUUUUUAAGGUGUAAUUUAAGUUUACAGUAUUACUUGAUGCCUCUUUACAGAAGGGACUAGAGAAGCAAGGCUGGAACAUCUGUGUCCUAACGCCUCAUGACCUCAGUUCAUCCAUUGUGUCCUCACAGUUGACGGCCGCGGUCAGUGAUGAACCUGUUGUUGUUAUUGUUGUUGUUGUUUACCCUGAGACGUCUCAGUCACGUGCCACAUUGCAGCUAGCAGUUGAAGAAUAGACUAUAAGCUGCUCGGACAGUAUAUCAGAAGCAAAUGUUUUUAUUUGUACUAUAAAAACGUGAUUUUUGCUGUCAACUCUGUACUUUUUUAUUGAAAAUGUUUAUAACUUUGCUUUUAAAAUUUCUUAUGAAACCAUUUGCAAAUUACACACUUAAUUUAAUAAAAUGCUUUAGUCACA